AUGGCAAGUCUUUUCCAACGAAAUUAUUCACCGCCUGAAGUGGUAUUUGAGUUUGUAGCCGGAGUACCUGAUGCGAUGGCAACAAAGCUUCGAUCACUCGGUAUUACAGUCAUAGGAGAAGAGGUUGGCUCCACAAUAAUCCCAAUUGACUCUAUAACCAAAGUACCCGAAGACUUUAUGGAAAUGCUCAUGGAAGAUGUAGAGGAAAACGAUCGAAUCAUAUCGAAUAAUAUAGAAAAUCAAAAGGAGCCGCCCAUAAAUCUUGAUGUUUCCGCUGUUUUUGUUCUGAUCUCAAACAUGACGCACGAGAAUGGCACAAAUCACUUAUUUGAUAGCGUUUUGCUCACACAACAAGCAGAAAUGGAGAGAAAAAAUCCGGCUAGGAAGCAAUUAUUAAGUCAAAUUGAAGGACGAGAAUGGAUUAUCUGCCGCACAGCAUAUGACUCUGUUCGAGAAAUACUGAAGACAGUUGGAGGCGACUGUGAGAGGAAGCGCAUGGAAGAAUUGUUCAAAAAAGUACGACUGGUAGAAGAUGCCAUGUCGGAAAAGACAGCAGCGUUGAAGCAUUCAGAUCGAAUUACGGAAAGGAGUAUGGUGAGCGCCUUCAACAUUUUUUUGAAGCUUUUUCCAUCCAUCUUGUCCAUCUAAUA